GUCAUCAUUACACAGAAGUGUAAAUCUGAGGCCAGGUCUGUCUGCUGUCAGUUGUAACCCAGCUCCUCUCCUGGAAACCACCGAAGACGUUUGUCAGCGCUUUGAAAAAGUGAAGCUGAGCAACUGAACCUCUCAGCAUAUCCUACUCCAGCCACCAAAAUGGAAGAAAAUGUCAAUAUCAGCUUUGAAGAAGAUUUUGAAGGAGAGGCGACACACACAGGGCCCAAAGGUGUGAUCAAUGACUGGAGGAAGUUCAAAUUAGAAAGCGAAGACAGAGAUUCCUUAUCCUUGAGCAAGAAAGAAAUUCUUAGACAGAUGUCUUCACCACACAGAUCUUUCAGUAAAGAUGAUCAAGAAAACAGAGAGAGAUUCUGCCGUAAGAUGAGCAUGCAGGAGUAUGAAUUAAUUCAGGAUGAGCAAGAAGAUGAAAGUUGCCUACAAAAAUACCGCAAACGCUGCAUGCAGGAUAUGCACCAGAGGCUGAGCUUUGGGCCGAAAUACGGUUAUCUGUGUGAGCUGCAGAAUGGGGAGCAGUUCCUGGAAACCAUCGAGAAAGAACACAAAACCACCACCAUCAUUGUCCACAUUUAUGAAGACGGCAUCAAGGGCUGCGAUGCUCUCAACAGCAGCUUGACCUGCCUGGCGGCCGAGUAUGCCGCCGUGAAGUUCUGCAAGAUCAAGGCCUCCGACACGGGGGCUGGAGACCGCUUCUCAAGUGAAGUGCUUCCCACUCUGCUUGUCUAUAAGGGUGGGGAGCUUCUGAGCAAUUUCAUUAGCAUUUCUGAACAAUUCAAUGAAGAGUUUUUUGCUGUGGAUGUGGAGUCUUUCCUAAAUGAGUAUGGGCUGCUACCUGAAAGGGAGCUUCCAGCACUGGAAAAUGGCAACACGGAUGAGCAAGAUGUUGAAUAAUUAGAGAGCCAUAGUCCUCACUGUCUCCCUUUCCCCUUCAGUAUGUUGUAAAUCAAUCUCAGGAACACCCAUCUCAUUUAGAGAAGUCUUUGCUAACUUAUCUGUGAGAUACACAUAUACAAAAAUUGCUUAACUGUUAGUAUGUGAAUCUUACUUAGAACACAUACAAAUGGCAGUCCUGUACAUAUUUAUUUCUGUGCUAGCUGCAAGAAGUAGGAAGAAUAGGAGACGAAACUGGUGAUCUGUAAGAAAUUCAGGAAAAAAAAAUAAAAAUUGAGGGCCCAUGCCUGUCUCCAUGAAGCACAAGAAGAACUUAAUUUCAACAGGAACAGGACUGAUCCAUCCCGCUGCAUACACAGUCAUCUCUGUGCUCCGGCACUAUGGCAAGCCCUGGCUCCUCAGAUCCACUUGUACCAACUUCAGUAGGAACAAGACUUCAUCCAGCAGCUUUAAGUACAAAGAGCUCAAAGUCCUUGCAUUCCUACAUGGCUUAAGUAUCUAGGACAUUAUUUCAGGCUUCCGUAUUUAACUUUCAAUAUUAAUGGAAAUACAGAGGGUAGCUCAGCGCUUCUAUAAGUUUGUCAUCCAACCAGGGAACACAAACACAUUAUCAGCUAAUUUCAGUUCACUGUUGCUCCCUAUUUUCAACAGUAAUAUUGAAAAUGUCUGCAAGUUACUGAAAAAGUAUGUUGUGCUUAUGUAAUAGCUCCAAAUAAAGCUUUACAGCUCUCAAAA